AUGGCCACCAAGAGCCCCUUAUACCUCGGCUUCGAUCUCUCAACACAGCAACUCAAGGGCCUCGUGGUCUCGUCCGAACUCAAAGUCGAGUAUGAAGCCAAAUUCGACUUUGACGCGCACUCGCGCGGAUUCGAUAUCAAGAAGGGCGUCAUGACCAACGAAGCCGAGCACGAGGUCUUUGCGCCCGUGGCCUUGUGGCUGCAAGCGCUGGAUUGGGUUCUGACCAAUUUGAAAGAGCAAGGAUUGGACUUUACGCGUGUCAAGGGAAUUAGUGCUGCGGGUCAGCAGCAUGGCAGUGUCUACUGGAGCAGGGAUGCAGGACGCUUAUUGCGCGAUCUGGAUAGUAACAAGUCCCUGCAAGAUCAACUUGCCGGUGCUUUCUCGCAUCCGUUUAGUCCCAAUUGGCAGGAUGCGAGUACCCAGAAGGAGUGUGACGAGUUUGAUGCUUACUUGGGUGGUCCUGAGGUUCUUGCUCAAGUGACUGGUAGCAAGGCGCAUCAUCGAUUUACUGGCCCCCAAAUCCUUCGCUUCCAGCGCAAAUACUCUGAGCAGUACAAGAAGACUUGGAGAAUCUCGCUUGUCUCUUCCUUCAUAGCGUCACUUUUCCUGGGUGACAUUGCACCCUUUGACAUCUCGGAUGUCUGUGGAAUGAACCUGUGGAAUAUCAAAGCAGGCUCGUGGGAUGAUCGCCUACUCAAGCUUUGUGCAGGGAAAUUCGGAAUUGAUGACUUAAAACAGAAGCUUGGAGAUGUACCGGAUGACGGCGGGCUUCAUCUGGGGAAGAUACACAAGUACUUUGUUGAGCGCUAUUCGUUCAGCUCAGACUGUACGAUCAUCCCAUCAACCGGAGAUAACCCGUCUACGAUCCUUGCAUUGCCCUUGAAGCCUUCUGAUGCAAUGGUAUCUUUGGGAACAUCGACUACAUUUUUGAUGUCUACACCGGUAUACAAACCAGAUCCUGCCACGCACUUUUUCAACCACCCCACAACGCCUGGUUUACAUAUGUUUAUGCUAUGUUAUAAGAACGGUGGCCUUGCGCGAGAGCAUGUCCGCGAUGCGAUCGAUAAAAAGCAAGCUGGAGGAAGCGCUGCGGACGGUCCAUGGGCAAAUUUCGAUAAAGCCUUACUGGAAGUCCCCGCUCUAGGCCAGAGGACCAAGUCCGAUUCCAUGAAGAUGGGCCUUUUCUUCCCGCGCCCAGAAAUCGUGCCGAACUUGCGCGCUGGCCAAUGGAGGUUCAACUAUAAUCCUCAAGAGCAGAGCCUUGAAGAGACAACAUCCGGCUGGGAUAUACCAACAGAUGAGGCGCGCGCCAUUGUCGAAAGCCAGUUCCUAUCGCUGCGACUGCGCUCGCGAGGACUCACCACUGUUCCCGCCGAAGGGCUUCCACCGCAACCCAAACGCGUCUAUCUUGUCGGUGGGGGAUCGCGCAACAAAGCUAUCGCUAAACUUGCUGGGGAGAUCUUGGGCGGUCACGACGGGGUAUACAAGCUCGACGUCGGCGAAAACGCAUGUGCGCUCGGUGCAGCGUACAAGGCUGUUUGGGGAAUCGAAAGACAGCCAGAGCAGACGUUUGAGGAUUUGAUCGGCAAGCGAUGGCAUGAAGAGGAAUUCGUCGAGAAGAUAGCCGAUGGCUAUCAGCCCGAGGUUUUUAACAAAUAUGGCGUUGCAGUAGAAGGGUUCGAUCGCAUGGAGCAGCAGGUAUUGCAGCAAGAGGGGCGUAACCAGACUCUCAAAUCACAAGCCUUCGAAUUCCUGAAUCAGCUCCGUGCCGACCCCACGGGAUGGCAGGUUUGCCUGGCCAUUUUUACCAGGACGCCGCGUCAUUCGGAGGUUACUCGCCAUGUCGCACUUGAAGUCGUCAAUAGCGCCACUCAGUCGGGUCUGAUUGACUUGCAAGGCUUGCAAUAUAUCAAAGAUGGGUUAAUGGGGUACCUGCGGCAGAUCUAUGCAGGAGAAGGGGCAACCCCUGAUGGCGCCGCAAUCCAGAACAAGAUCGCUCAAACUAUAACAUAUCUAUUCUCUGCCCUAUACGCUAAUGGAUGGGAAAGCUUUUUCGAUGAUCUUCUGGCCUUAACCACCAGCGAUCCGUCCACAAACAUUCGCAACAAUCCCCUCGGUGUUGUUUUCUACCUUCGUGUCGUCUACUCAAUCCACGACGAGAUCGGCGAUGUUCUACUUCCUCGGUCCCGCGAAGAACAGGACAAGGCAAACACUUUGAAGGAUCUGAUUCGGCAACGAGACAUCCAUAAAAUUGCCGGCUCUUGGAAGGACAUCCUAUCCCAAUGGCAAGAAGGCAACGAUCAAAUUGUGGAAAUGUCCCUCAAAGCCAUUGGAGGCUGGGUCAGCUGGAUUGAUAUUAGCUUGGUGGUCAAUCAGACCAUGCUCGAUCUUUUGUUCCAGCAGCUUUCUCGUGCGCAGAAAUCCGAUCUCCGGAACGGAGAGGAGAAAGUACGAGAUGCGGCUAUUGACGUUUUCACCGAAAUUGUGGGCAAGAAAAUGAAAGCAGAGGACAAAAUUGACAUGAUCAUCUUUUUGAAUCUUGACAGUAUCAUUACCCAACUCUCGAACAGCCCUCCCUUGAAUGAAAACCGCUUCACCUCCAAGUACGAUACCGACCUUGCCGAAACCGUCGCGAAACUUGUUAACAUAACCGUCAUUGAUAUUGUCCGUGCUUUGGAUAAUGAUGCAGUACAAGUUGAAACCAAGGAAAAAGCAAAUAACUUGCUGCAGACUUUCUUGGUCCAUGUUUUACGGUUCUUCUCUGACGAUUACGAUGAAAUUUGCUCUACACUCAUCGUUUGUGUGUUGGAUUUGCUGUCUUACUCGAGGAAAGUCUCCAAGUCGAACACCGAGAUUCAAAACCAACAUGCUCCAAUGUUAUUGCCUAUUUUAAAAGCUAUAAUUGCUAAAAUGCGAUACGAUGAAACAUCAUCAUGGGGGGAGGAGGACGAGCAGACUGAAGAAGCUGAAUUCCAAGACCUUCGCAAGCGAUUAAAUAGUCUUCAGCAGAUUAUUGCCACAGCAAAUGAGCCUCUUUAUAUAGAUGUUGUAUCCGAGGUGGUGGGAACGACUUUUGAAAACCUUCGCCAAUCAGGGGGUCAGCUUGAUUGGCGUGACCUUGAUUUAGCCUUACAUGAGAUGUUCCUUUUCGGUGAACUUGCCGUUAAGGCUGGGGGUCUUUACUCCAAGAAUAAGCCGAACAGCAUCGCUGCUGAGAGACUCAUUGCGAUGAUGGCCAGGAUGGUGGAAUCUGAUAUCAGAUCUUUCAAUCAUCCUGCAACCCAGCUGCAGUUUAUGGAAAUCUGUGUGCGCUACAGCACCUUUUUCGAACACCACACUCACCUCAUGCCCGGCGUGCUAGAGAGUUUCCUCCAGUUCGCUCACCAUCCGAUGGAGCGGGUGAAGACACGUUCCUGGUAUUUAUUUUACCGCUUAGUCAAACCCCUUAAAACGAAGAUUGGUAAUGUUGCCGAGACGGUUAUUGAAGCGUUGGGUGAUCUGCUGGUCAUUCGAGCGGAGCUCCCUGCCGAGGGCGACGAUGGUGAUGAUAUGUCUUCAGCGGAUCAUGAAAGCUCUGCGGAUGCUAGGUUCACUAGCCAGCUUUAUCUUUUUGAAGCCGUCGGGGCGUUGUGUUCGGCCCCUCCUGUUCCAGGCGACAAACAAGUUGUGUACGCUCAGUCUGUAAUGAACCCUAUCUUCGUCGACAUGGAGAACAAUCUGGCAUUAGCAAAGUCUAAUGAUGAACGUGCACUGUUGCAAAUACACCACGAUAUCAUGGCUCUCGGAACCCUUGCCAAGGGAUUCUCCGACUCGACACCGGGCUCACAGACAUCAAUCAGCGCCGCACCGACUUCCCCUGGAAUCUCUGAAGCAUUUGGACAGGUUGCCGAGGCUACACUGAUUGCUCUUGAAUCGCUCAAGGGGUCUUUCAAUGUCAGGACCGCAGGAAGAUUCGCAUUUUCUCGCCUGGUUGGCAUUGUUGGACUGAGAUUGCUCCCCCAGUUGCCAAGGUGGAUUGAUGGACUCUUGACGGAGACAUCUUCCAAAGAUGAGAUGGCACUCUUCCUACGGUUGCUAGAUCAGAUUAUAUAUGGUUUCAAAACAGAAAUAUAUGGGAUACUUGAUACUCUCCUUACGCCUUUCUUACAGCGGGUCUUUGCUGGAAUUUCGCAAUCUACGGCAGGAACAGACGAUGAAAUACAAUUGGCAGAGCUGAAGCGGGAAUAUCUAAGUUUCCUGUUGGCAUUGUUACAGAACGACCUCGGUUCUGUUCUUGUCAGCCAAGCAAAUCAAUCGAUAUUUGAUUCCGUCAUCACCACCAUUGAACAUUUCAUUAAAGAUAUCGACGACCCCACGACAGCCAAGAUGGCGUUCUCUGUCCUUUCAAAGAUGGCUAAUGCUUGGGGCGGUUCGGAAACAGCCAAGGACGGUGCUACACAGAGUGCUAUACCAGGGUUCAAUCAGUUUAUGUUCACGCGGUUCUCUCCGUUGUCCUGGGCGCUACCAAGCUCUGCUGGAUUUAACUCCAAGGAUGGUCAAGCCAGACAGGUUUUGCAAGAAGCUGGAGGGCUACAGCAAACGAUCUAUGCUAAGGCUGGCUCGGAGUAUAUUGAUUAUCUUCGCGGUCAAGAGCUUCCUGGAAUGGGCAUGGGACCGGACCUAGUCGGAGAAUACUUGAAUGCUCUGACUCAAUUAGACAACAAAGGGUUCCGUUCCUUUUUCCUGUCUUUUAUCCAACGCCUCAGCUCUUGA